GCUCUUCCCCUCCUUCAUUCGGCAAGACGACUGGUCGGUGAUCGCCGGCGAGAUCUUUCAGAGAAACCGUCUGGGAUUGAAAUGGACGCCUCGCUGGCGAGGCGGGUGUGGGACGUGAUCUGCGCCGCCUGCGGCAUGAUCAGGAAAGGCUUCUGCAAGCACAGGGUGUUAAUGGAGGUCCACCUCCUCCUCAUGCGCGGGAAGCUGGCCGGAAAAGCCAUCACAAAGUUAUUGCUCGAACACCACCGCCGCCCUGACUCGGGAAUAUUUCCGGUGGAUCCACUGAGUUUAUCCUUCCACCGCCGCGACGACGUGGAGUUCAGCUGCAGCAGCACCCCCUCCCCUGUUUCUUUCUUCCACUCCAAGCUUCUCCCCGGAAGGCGGAGAGGAGACCGGACCGCCGCUGCUUCGGCGGAGGCGUUGGCCUUGGAGUUCGAGACGCUGGUGAGCGCGGCGGAGUCGCCGGCGACUCUGUUCUGGCAGAGCCCGGUGGCGGGGAGGUUGAGGAUAACGGACACGCCGUUUCCGGCGAGGGAGGAUGGGGAGGCGGACUGUGGACGGGUGGACCUUCAGGCGGAGGCCUUCAUCAAGGGGUUCUAUGAGCAGCUGCGCAUGCAGCAGAGCUUGCCUGCGACGCCGGAGUGCCGCGACAGGGGAGCCGCCCGAGGCAGAAGGAUUUAGCUAAUUUAAUACCCUAAUUGUCAAUUAAUGGUAGAUGUUUAUUCACGUGUGCAAAAUUUGAAUAAAUAAAAAAUUAUAGAAAUGCGAUACUAUA